UGAGAGGCAGCACUAGUACUUUUUAUGAUAGAAUCAUUUUUUCGCGUGUGUUCUGGAACUACCUGGAAAUUGUGAGAAUCAGUGAAUCAGGGAUUGGAAACUUUAUAAACAAAGCUACUACAUAAAGAUGAAGCAAGCGUGUGGCAGACUAUAAAGAAGAAUUCUCUAACAGCAAGUGAAAAUGAGAAUGGAGAACCUCCCAUUUCUCCUCUUAUUAUGUGCAGCACUUUCUCAUGCUUUUCCUGCAGAUAGGAGGCAGAAGAAAGAAGGCAUGCAGCUUAUCCAGGGAAGAAUUAAAACUAAGGAUGCAUUCACUUAAGUGUUGUUUCUACAGAUAAUUAAACAUCUGAGUCAGUCUAUGUUUGAUUUGAAGUCAGAUGGAAAUGUGGCUGUUUAUGUGAUUUUUGGUAUUAUGAGACAUAACUCUUUAUAAAAUAAGGAUAUUAUUUUGUCUGGAUUAUUACAAAAAAAUGUAGGAAAAUGAGAUACUACUGCUGAAAUUUUGUAUUCAGUCACAUGUUUCAAAAAGUUUGUGCACUGCCUGAUCUAAAGGACUCUGGGCAACCCUAGAGCACAGGAAGUACCUGGAAAAUUACUAUGGCUUUAAGAAAGAUGGAGAAUCUUUCAUUUGGAAAAGUAAUAGCUCAAUGACCAAGAAAAUAAAAGAAAUGCAGGAAUUCUUUGGUCUGGAGGUGACAGGGAAACUGGAUUCUGGCACUUUGCACCUAGUACAGAAACGUCGCUGUGGAUUCCCUGACAUUGCUGGGUUCUCCACCUUUGCGGGAGAGCCAAAAUGGGCAAAACAAGUUCUGACAUACAGGAUAUUAAACUACACACCAGACCCACGUCCAGCAGAUGUCAAUGCAGCAAUCAAGAAAGCCUUAAAUGUUUGGAGCAGUGUGACCCCACUUAAAUUCAUCAAGAAGGACAGAGGUGAUGCAGACAUAAUGAUCUCCUUUGCAGCCGGAGGUCACAAUGACUUCAUCCCCUUUGAUGGCCCAGGAGGGUCUGUUGCUCAUGCCUAUGCACCCGGCAAGGACUUCGGUGGAGAUGCUCACUUUGAUGAGGAUGAAACCUGGACCAAAAGCACAGAGGAUACAAAUCUGUUUUAUGUUGCUGCCCAUGAGUUUGGCCAUUCACUGGGGCUUUUCCAUUCCAAAGAUCCCAAUGCUCUGAUGUACCCAAUUUAUAGGAAAUUUGACCCUUCAGUAUUCCUUCUUCAUCAGGAUGAUAUUAAUGGCAUUCAGCAUCUCUAUGGACCAUCUUCUAACACCCACAAUGACCAAAGUGAAUCUGCUGAGAUAAAAGACACAACUGAGGCAGAAGAGCCUGCACUACCAAACACUUGUAGCCCUGAUUUAACUUUUGAUGCUGUCACCAGUUUUCGUGGAGAACUAUUGUUCUUCAAAGACAAGCGUUUUUGGCGCAAGCAUCCUGCAGUCAGAACAGCUGAUCUUCAUUUAAUAUCUUCGUUCUGGCCACGGCUGCCAUCUGGUGUUGAUGCUGCAUAUGAAAUUCCUGAAAAAGAUGAAACUGUGAUUUUUAAAGGGAAUGAAUUCUGGGUUGUGAGAGGAGAUACCAUACUUCCUGGAUACCCAAAAAAAAUCUACACCCUGGGCUUUUCAAAGGAUGUCACCAAAAUUGAUGCUGCUUUUUAUAAUGUAAAUGAGGAGAAAAUAUAUUACUUCAUUGGGGAUAAUUUUUUGAGUUAUGAUAAAAGAAGUCAGACUAUGGGCAGCAAGCUUACAUUGAUAAGAGACGCAUUUCCAGGAAUUAAUGGGAAGAUCGAUGCUGCUUUUCAACACGAAAAUUUAUUUUGCAGAUCAAUGCAGAAACAUGGAUCUCUUCUUACCACCUCUUUCAGUGCACGUUUUACAUUUGCACAGUUUGUGAGACAACUGCCAGGUUUAGAGCUAAAGGACUUCAAGAUGGUAAGGUUGACUUCGCAAGGCAUCCCAGAGCCUGUCUGCCAUCACGGAAAUCCUGCCUGGCAUGCAACAAAGCAGAUUCCCAGCCCAGGCAAGAGUUCCGCUUCAGAGACAAAGAAUGUGAUUUGGUUACCUGUGUGUUUAGGAAACAGGUGCUUGGCAUGGAAAGUGGCACUCCUUCCUUGCUCCUUUUACUGAAAUCAUUGAUGAUGCCAUGUUUCAGACUGUGCAAGUCAGCAAGGUGUAACUCCGGCACUGCCCCAGUCUGUGGCUUGUCACGUUGAAUUGCUUUUUUACAAUAGAAUAAUCAGGACUGAUUCAGCAUCUGACAUCCUGAGCCCUAUCGGGGUGACCUUUGGACUUCAGUGUGGUUUGAACUAUACCAUUGUGCUCCUAUAACUGCCCAGCAGAGCUCCCUGGUUUGUAAACAGAGUGACUGAUCGUUCUUUUGGAGCAGAAUCAACGGCACUUCUCUAAAGGAAAUGCUUAUCAUUGGGUGAUGAUAAAUCAUGGUCUUGUGCAAACGUUAAGACAUCUUACUUGGAGGGUUGACUUUGGCUUUUUCAUCUCAGUGUUAAAAUGUACUUGGCUCAUUAACAGAAAAUUCCUAAUUAAUUCUCUAAUUUCAUGCAAAUAUCUGGCAACCAGCUGAAUAUUGCUGCGCAGUGACAUGAUUCAUAUCGUUGACACUUCAGUUAUGGCAUGGAAAGUGACAUCCUCCAGUGAAAACAGAUUGUUUCAGGAUAACAUUUUUUGUUGAUUUUUUCCUUGGAAAUAAAUUGGAAUCAGAUGAAGAGAUCAGGAUAUGCAGAAGAGUACAAAAUGGUCAUAAAAGUACUUUCUGCAAGAAUGAUGAAUGUCCUUUGUAAUGCCACCUGCUACUGAGAAAGCAAUUGCAAACAUCAUUGUGAGAAAUUAUAAUAGUAAACAAUUCUUAGAAUUAUGAAGCAUCACUUCCAAUUUUUGUAAUAUUAUAAAGAGAACUACCAAUCAAAGUUCCCUUUUCUAUACUAAUUCUGUAGUGAGAGACUUUGAUUUAGGGAAAUCCCACUGUGAUUCACACCGUGAAUUUAUUUUUUCAUUACUUAGUCAGGGGUGUGGGUGGAAGUUUCUCCUUAGGGAGAGGAAGACAAAAGCCACUAGAACAUUUUAAAAUAUUAUCAGAUAUAACUAGCAGAAAAGAGAAAGAGGCUGUAGAGUCAAAUGCAAGCCCUUGUUAACUGAGGUACAAAGUAAAUGGAAAUAAUUGAGACAGAAAAUUGUUUGUGACUGGCAAACUCCUCUUGGAAAAUAUUUCCUCUUAUGCCUCUGCCUCAACGCCUGUUUCAGUCAAUGCUGAAAAGAGGAAAUGUGCUGGAUAAAUCGCUGGCAGUGCUUUAAUUUCUAUGCAGACUUAAUGAGCAAGGAAUGGUGAGUAGAAUACCUAGAAAAAGGACAUUUUGAGGUCUCUUGCCUCAACAUAAGCAACAAGGGUGCAGUUUUGCUGAGGAAGAAGUGUGCAAAUAAAUCUGGAU